CUCAUAUUACCCUACUAUGCCAUUGUAAAGGGGGAUAUCAAACCAGUGAGUAAACCAGCUGCGCAUCCCCGAAGAGAACCAGAGAGCAAGUUGUGGAUGUAAACACACAGUUCGCGCCAAAAGGGACGAGAGAGGGAAAAGGAACCACGUACUAGUUACUGAAUGAAGCAAAUCCACUGAUGCUGCUUUGUGGUCAUGGCGUGUGUUGAUUCUCUGUCGCAAAAUAACUUAUUUGACGACAAAACAUCAUCUGAGAGCAUGAUAACACUGCAGCAUCCAGAGCAAGACACAGAACAUGGCAAGACUGAAGAUGCCACUCUCUCUGAUCCAGAGGAAGCUGCCAGCAAAACCAAUAUCAGUGAGAGCAGAAUGAAUGGCAUGGAUGAGGAAAGCAUGGAUGACUCUACUCAAAAUUUGUCCUUUCGAAGAAGCAAACUGGUUAUACUGUCUGAUGAUGAGGAUGAUGCUUCACCAAGAGCAACUGUUACCAGUGAUACAGUGGAGAAUGAGGGCAGCUUUAGUCAGAGGAAGAUGAGAAUUAUUGGAUCAGACUCUGAAACUGAGGAUGACAGUUUCUUAUUCAGAAAGAAGCCAGGUGAAGGAAAAUCGUCGGUUACUAGUAAUGUGGUUGAGGAUGAGGACAGCAUUGGUCAGAAAAUGAGAGUUGUUGGAUCAGACUCUGAGAAUGAGGAUGACAGUUUCUUGUUUAAAACGAAGCCUGAUCCAGGAAAACCAAAGGUCAGCUACAAUCCUGACAUCUUUGACACUGAGCUCUCUGAUGAGGACAGGCCACCAGUGAGUGAUGGACGAAGUCAUUCCCCAUCAGGUCUUCAAGAGAGUGAGAAAGCACUUCCUCCUAAGACAAAAAAGAAGGUGAACAAAGCCAAACAAGCUGAACAGGAGCUGAAGGAGAUCCGUAGUGAGAGUCAGCGUAUGGUGAGGGAGAGCCGGAUCUCUCUUCCCUACCACAGACCCAAGCAAAGAACCUUGGCUGAAUUUCUGGCCAGGAGAAAGCACACUAUGCCUCCCAAAAUUCAGAAUCAGAGUCUGAAAAUGACAAUGCGUAAUAUGGAAAUCCUCAAAUCGUUGGAAGAACAGAAGAAGCAAGUUGAGGAAUUCUAUAAGUCAGAUUCAGACUCUGAGGAUCAUGACGAUCUUGACUGGACUCCAGAAAACCCAGAAGAGAAAAUUGUGCCAACAGAAGCAGAGAAGAAGCCAGAUUCAGAGGAACCAGUCACUGAUGGUAUAUUUCCAGACCUUAAUGCACUGUCCAAUGAGUCAUCUACACAGGAUACAGAAUCACUGGAAAGCUGUCUCAAGCCUUUGAAAAAUGACACUGUUGUAUCUUCAGAAGAUGAAGGAUUAGGUGCUUCCGAGAAAAACACAUCGAGAGAGCACUCCAGUUCCUCAGAUGCAUCACAGUCUGGAGACAAUGAAGGCUUACAUGAUACUGAAAACAGUUCCCCUCUAAUGGACUGUGAAGACAUGAACUUGAAAAAUGUAGGCAAUGACACCAGUGCUGAUGGUGAAGGCUUGGGUAAUGGAGAAGAGACUGUUUUAAAAAAGCCACUGUGUGUUAUGAAAGGAGAUGUGAGCAACAACAGUGAAAAGGCACAAUUUGCUACUCCUAACACUGAGGAAACACAACUUGCAACUCCUGCCAGUGAUAAAGCACAAUUUGCUACUUCUAACAGUGAGGAAACACAAUUUCCAACUCCUAACACUGAGAAAACACAACUUGCAACUCCUAACAUAGAGAAAACACAACUUGCAAGUCCUGCCAGUGAUAAAGCACAACUUGCAACUCCUAAUGUAGAGAAAGCACAACUUGCAACUCCUAACUUAGAGAAAACAGAACUUACAACGCCUGCCACUGAUAAAACACAACUUGCAACUCCUAACAUUGAGAAAACACAACUUACAACUCCUGCCAGUGAUAAAGCACAAUUUGUAACUCCUACCAAUGGUAACGCACAACUUACGACUCCAAAUAGUAACACAACAAAAUUUGCAACACCCAAAUUGAGAUUACUAGCAUCAAAGUUACCAGAAGAGGAGCUGAAAAAAAUUAUGUCAGUUACUCCAAAACUUGGCUCAGGGAAGAAGAAUGAUGUUAUUGAUUUAGAUGAACGUUCUACUCCAUCACAGGACCCUGGAAUGAAUGAUUUCAUAAAUCGCUUUUUAAGACAUGCAGAUGCCACGCCACAACCAACAGAGAAACAACGUGUAAAUCUCAACAUUGUUAGUAAAGAGGAGGAUAGCUCUGGAGGAGAACGUCUUGUGUCUUCAACCUUGUCAGUGACUCUCGAUGCUAAGGAAGAACAGCUGGCAAAAGAAGUUGUGCCUGGUUCUCGCUUCAUAUCCUUUAAAGCUGCUCUCCAGGCCAAGAUAAGGGAGAAGCGGGAAAUCCAGAGACAGAAGAGAGUCCAGGAGAAGCAUUUUAUGGAGACAGAAGAGAUACCGGAAGAUUAUCAAAAUGAUGAGCUACCAAAUGAAGAGGCAGAACUAACAGAUCAGAGUGAAACCGAUUAUGAAACUGAAUCUGAGCCAGAGGAGAAUGAUAUACCCAUUGUUGACAAGAAGAGAGAGAAGAGUGCCUAUGUGGAUGAUGAAGCAGAGGAGGAGGAUGAGGAGGAGGGGGAUUUAGAACCUGAGGCCAAUGACUUUGAUGAUGCAACAAGCCUAGUCUCUGAUGGUGAUGUUGCGAAUGAUGCAUCAGAAACCAUUGCUGAACGAAGGAGAAUUAUCAAAGUUGCGGAUGAUGACAGUGAGGAUGAAGACGUCGGAAACCUAACAUUGAAUUGGGAUGCAACUCAGGAAUUAGAAUCUGACUCUCAUCCUAUGUCUCGCUCAAACACAGAUGACCUGUCCUCGUUGGUCUGCAAGAGAGGAGAGACUUUGGAUAAGGACACCAGCACUACAUCGUUUGACUCAAGCUUUGAGCUGUAUGGGUCAGUCAUUGCCGGCCACCAGCCAGGAGGAGGCAUGAAAUCCAAUGUUGAGAAUGGACUUCCUUUAUCUCUCACAAAGAACAAGUCAAACAGUUUCACUAGCACUUUGAGCUGCAGCUCCAAGAAACAGCAAGAGCUUACAUUGCCAGCAGAAGACUCGGUUGACAUUUUUAAUAAUGAGGCCAUCUGUACUUCUCCAGCCGGUGUUGAUCUUAACUUCUCUUCUUUGGAAUGUACAGAGCCACAUGAAUCUAAUCAGGAAAAUGACUCAUUUUCAAAACUCAAUCUGGACUUAAGCAGAAUAGAUGGCUCACAAGAUAAAGAUGAACUGAUUGGCCUAUGCACUGGUCAAUUUUCUGAUCAGGCAGUGGCAGAACCACUGUGUGAAGACAUCAGCCCUACUCAGGAGAUGAGUGAACUGUUGGGUUUGUGUUCAGGUGGGUUUUCUGGUCCAAAAGAAGGACAAAAUGGCCAGCUGAAAAAUACCCAAGGUGCCCCCAAGACACUACCUGUUUCUCAGGAUGACCCUGAUGAUGAUGAACUUCUUGGACUUUGCACAGCUAAAUUUACAACGUCUAUGGACAGCCAGGCAGACCCAUCUCAAGAAGAAACUGAAACCAAGAAAGAUGAAAAUGAAGGUCAUGUGUCUCCCAAAAUGAUUAUAUAUUCUUCAGGAGACGAGGACUCAGUAGACAUUAAAAGUAGAACUGUGAGAAAAAAGAAGAGAAAGAGAGUCAUAGAAUUUUCAGAUGAUGAAGAUGCACAAGGACCAUUAACAUUUGAUGAUGAAGAAAAUGAAAUGCCAACAACAGUGUUCACUGGUUUCAAAAACAGUAGUAAAGGAGGUAUAAGAGCAGAAUUCUUGGAAAAUGAAGCCGAGUUGUCUGGCUCUGAAGCAAACUCUGAUGAUGAAGCAGAGGAAAGUGAAGAUGAUUUUGAAGAGAUGGAAGGUGAUAGGGAGCACUUUGACAGCAACGAACUGCGAGAUCAGGUUGGGAAGGCACAUUUAAGGAGCCUCCUGGAUUCAGACAAGCGUGAAGUGCGGCUGCUGCAGGAAAUGUACCUGGAAGAUGGAGAACUGCAUGGCGAAGGUCGCAGCAGACAAUUCAGGUGGAAAAAUCUUGAUAAAAGGAUAGAAAAUGAUGAAAUAAAAACAUUGUCAGAUGAAGAAGGAAGUGAUGAUAAUAUGGAAGAUAGUGAAUGGAGGAAGCAGAAAAUUGAGAGAGAAAAAUUUUUGCUGGAGCAGAAAGCCAAGAUGGCAGAUGGGGAAGCAGAUCUUUACGAUGUUGGAAGUUGGUCAAGUAGCAUGCACAGUUCAAAAGGAGAUCUGGGAAAGAGGAAUUCUCUUACCUCUUUUCCUUCACUCAAGAGAAAGAGAGGGUCCUUCCUGAACCGAGACACAACAACCUUGGCUCGCAUUGCAGAGUUCACCAAAGAUGGAAGGGAUAUUGUGGGAGGUGCCAAGCAGGGAGGCAAUUUUGUCUUCCAGCAACUUGGUGUUGAUGAGUCAAAGGAAAAGGAGGAAGAUGAAGAAAAUGUUAGUGUCACCCAAAAGAGGAGAAACAGCUUACCACCUAAGGUCAAGAAAGCAAAAAUAGAUAAGUUUUUGUGGAAUAUAGAGAACAGUCAGUCGUCAUCAAGCGUUUUUGAAUUUUUAUAACGAUUGAAUAGUUAAAGGUGAGAAGUGUGUAUAUUGAGAUUUAACUUAACCAUUUAAAAACAGUUUGCAAUAUAGUACAAUAUCUAUUUAUUUGUAUAUAAGAAAAUUUAUGAAGGAAUUACUUCAACAUAUUCUGCAUUGUCUAAGAUAGUAGUUUAUUUGUUCAGUAAUCUAGAAUGGAAUCCACUUACACAAAUAUUCAGUGAGAUAAUACAAUAGAUGGAAGAGCAAAAUCUUUACUAAGUUUCAUGACUUCUAAACUUUUUGAUGUUUUAAUCAAGGAGUAACAGUAUAUUUAUAAAACUCACUGAAACAGGACUCACAUUUUAGAUUGCAAGAUAAUAUUUUUAUUGUUUUAUGAGCUGCUGCAUCAGUGAUGUAAAAAAGGAAUGUUUCAUUAUGGUAAAAUUAUAAUGCAAUACACUGUAAUGCAGUAUUUUAUAAUUUUUGUAAGUCAUGAAUAAAGUAAUUUUUUAAACAAG